CCUUCUUUCUUCUCCUGCCGCCGACGUCGCCGCCGCCUAGUGCGUGCCGCCGUCGGUCGCAUCUCCUUCGAGUAUCAGCCAUGGCGGAGCAGACUGAGAAGGCUUUCCUGAAGCAGCCUAAAGUUUUCCUCUGCCCAAAGAAGACCGCAAAGGGGAGUUAUAAGCCAGGCAAGGGGGGUAACAGGUUUUGGAAGAGCGUUGGCCUUGGUUUCAAGACUCCUAAGGAAGCCAUUGAGGGAACCUACAUUGAUAAGAAAUGCCCAUUUACUGGCACUGUGUCAAUUAGAGGCCGCAUCAUUGCUGGAACGUGCCAUAGUGCUAAAAUGAACAGGACUAUCGUUGUUCGUCGGAACUACCUUCACUUUGUUAAAAAAUAUCAGAGGUAUGAGAAGAGGCACUCCAACAUCCCUGCCCAUAUUUCCCCUUGCUUUCGUGUGAGGGAAGGAGACCACGUGAUCAUUGGCCAAUGCAGGCCACUGUCCAAGACGGUGAGGUUCAACGUGUUAAAGGUCGUCCCCGCAGGGUCCAAGAGUGGUGUGGUGAAAAAAGCAUUUACCAGUGCCUGAGCAAGGCAUGACAGGAUCCUGAACCUUGAUCAUUUUUUAUACCCCACCUAUAUUGCUCCAUCUGUGUGUAGUAGGCUUUUUGACUCGAGAAUUCUCCAAACUUAAAGAUAUAAUAGUGUUGAGUUCAGUGAAGUUAUGUUCAGAGUGCUUGAAAAUUAUUUAUGCCGUUACCCUAGGUACCGGAAAUUAUACACCAAUCAUUUUCUGGCUAA